AUGAUACCAGAUUCUAAGCUUGAGGCAGAGGAGAAAGAGGCUGAAGAACGGCGGCAUAAUUUGCUUAUUAGCAAGUUAAGUGAAGUAGACAAGGCAGAAGUGAUUUCAAAAGCACGUAAACUUUUGGACAAACAAAAUACUGAAGAGGAUAUUUCCUGCCUUCCUUGUCUCCAGCUUUCUGAUAUUCCUACUGAAGGGAUUCCUGAACCUUUCGUGGAGACAUUAAGUACGUUUAGGAUACAAAUACAUUCAUCCUUAGACUAUUAA